GCGUUCAUUUAUAAGCGAGCUGGCCACGAAGGCGGUGCAAAGUGUUAAAGCGGAAUAACAGAAGUUCGGGUAAUAAAACAUAGUGCAUAUCGUACAGAAUACCAAACCGUAUAAAUUCGAUACGCUAACGGAGUUACAUAUACUGUACCUAUACUUAUACUUAACUUGACAAAGAAAAAAAACAGUGAAUGUACUUGUUUUUCGAUGUCACCUGAGGGUUUCUCUUCGGUUUUUAACGAUCGUGUGUGUUUGUUAAUUGGCUUUCGACUUCCUCUGCUGCGCAUGCGCAACCUACAAAGAAAAACCGAAGCCACAGACAGAUGACGCUGAAGGGUCGACUGAGGGCUUCCCCACCGCAGCUGUGGCUGCUCCUCCUCCUGGCCUCCAUUUCGGGCAGCUUGUGGGCUUCAGUGGCCGCCAGGACAGGACCCCUGCACGAUAAGGUGGUGGUUUGCUACAUAUCCACCUGGGCUGUUUACCGACCGGAGCUGGGUGCCUAUGCCAUCGACAACUUCGAUCCCAACCUGUGCACCCAUGUGGUCUACGCCUUCGCGGGUCUGGACAUCACCCAGGCAGCCAUCAAGUCGUUGGAUCCCUGGCAGGACCUUAAGGAGGAGUACGGCAAGGGUGGCUACGAGAAGCUGACGGGCCUGAAGCGCACUCAUCCGCAUCUGAAGGUCAGCUUGGCCAUCGGCGGCUGGAACGAGGGAUCGGCCAACUACUCCACCCUGGUGGCCAACAGUCUGCUGCGCGGUCGGUUCGUGAAGCAGGUGUCCAGCUUCAUAAGGAAGUACGACUUUGAUGGCUUGGACUUGGACUGGGAGUAUCCCACGCAGCGCAAGGGAAAGCCCGCCGAUCGCGAGAACUUCGUCCUGUUGACCAAGGAGCUGCGCGAGGAGUUCGAUAACCACGGACUGCUGCUGACCUCCGCCAUCGGAGCGGCCAAGAAGGUCAUCGAUGAGGCCUACGAUGUGCGGCAGAUCUCGCGCUACCUGGACUACCUGCACAUCAUGUGCUACGACUACCACGGCAGCUGGGAUCAGAGAGUGGGCUAUAAUGCACCGCUUGCGGCGCCCGCGGAUGAUCCGCUGAGUGUGAAAUUCUCCAUUGACUACCUCCUAAAACUGGGCGCCCCUCCAGAGAAGCUAGUGAUGGGUCUGCCAUUCUACGGACGCACCUUCAAAACGGUGGCCCAAGGAAACCUCAACGACGCCAGCGAUGGAGUUGGCUUCAGGGGUCCCUACACCCGGGAAGAUGGAUUCCUCGGCUACAACGAGAUCUGCCACACGCUGAGCAAUCAAACCUCUGGAUGGACUCGCCAAUGGGAUCCCCAAACCAGCCAGGUGCUGGCCAGAUCAGAGCGCAACGUCUUCACCCAGGAGAUCAAUGUGGUGACCUACGAUAGUUCGCGUUCCAUAGCCAACAAAGUGCUGUUCGCCAUGACCAAGAGAUUAGCGGGAGUGAUGGUGUGGUCAGUGGAUACGGAUGAUUUCCUGGGCAAUUGCAAGCUGGAUGAGGAUACGUACGAGGACUUCCAGAAGGUGACUUCACUGCCAAGGAGAUCGAGUCAGAACUAUCCCCUGCUGAGAACUAUUAAUGAGGCCACCAUGCUGGCCGUGGAGGAGCUGGCUGUUCCGGAAACAAAGCCGGAUGACUCCGAGAAUGAGAUUCCGCAUGGCAGUAUUGCGGAUCGAAAGAAUGCAGGUGCUUCUGUGGUGAGUUUGGGUCUCGGAUUGACUGCCAUCUUCAUGCUCCUGCACCGGGUGGCCCAAUAAAGGAUUGGGUUAGGUCCACCGGUGGCCAUAGUCUAAGCAAAACAUCACCUUGUUUACGUAGUCAUUAAAGUCCAAAUUUAAAUUUCUAAGA